ACGAACGCAAACCCCGGUCUCCGCCUGCCCCAAUCCCCACUCCAGGCCGUCAUCCCCAACCCACCAUGAGGACGAGGAUGCCGAGCUCAGGCGGCGGCGCUGGUCCGGGCCUCCGAGGGAUCAGACCGUCCUCCGUCGACCUCUGCUUCCUCUUCCUCAAGACCUUGGCCGCCUGGUGCAGGGAGACCGCAGCUCCGCGCUCGUAGGCCUGCCCAAUCCUCCUCUUGCUCCUCGCGCUGCUCUUCCCUUCCCCCGCCCCCACCCCCGCAGUGCCGCCUCGCUGUUCCCGCUCGCGGCCAUCUCCAACGCCUCCUCCCACGCCUACGCCCACCCCUGAUGCCACCUUCUUCGAUGCGACGUCGUCGACACCGUCGCCAACAAGUAUGGCUGGGACCCCGUCACGGAGGUCCGGGUCUGGCCGCUCAACACCGAGGGCGCGCUCGUCGGCGCCGUUCAGCGGUACGAGUUCCGCGCCGGUGCGGGGGCGCCGCGGUCGCGCUGGCACGGGCCUCUGACGAGGCCGUCAACUGGAGCCGCCCCGACGCCCCCGCGGUGGAGGAGGUGGUCUGGCCCGACGGGGUCGACUUCGUCGCCGGCGACGGCGCCCUGGCGUUCGGCACCGGCGUCAGGGACAUGGACAUAGUAGGCCCGUUCGAGCUGGUGGUCUCCGAUGGCGCUGGCGGGGGCCUCGCAGAGCUCCAGCUGCCGUCGGUGUCCUGUCUCCGGCGUUCUUGAGCACCAUUGGGUCGAGGAAGGAGAAGCCAUCCUAUGGACUAGAACAGUUUGUGUGAGAUUUUAUUUUCUGGUGGGUUUAUUAGCUGGCUUGGAAAUGCUCCCUUGACAUUGUCCCAUUCAUCAACACAAAGAUUGUCAGCCUUUACCCAAUUGCAAGAUCUUCAGAAUAAAAAAGGGGAGACUGAGACCGGUAGAAAAGAGAUUCUUCAGUA